AUGGAUAAUAUAUAUAAUAAUAAUAAUAAUAAUAAUAAUAAUACAAUAUUAUUUAAACACAUUGUAAAUAAUAGAUGGAUAUUAACUGUUGUAUCUGGACAUAUUAGGUUGUUGAAUAGGAUUGAUCUGGAAACGACAAGUACAACAACAUCAUCAAAUAGAUCAAAAUGGUUAAAGACAUUGACAUGGAAUAUGUUGGUCGAUCAUUGGCUGCAGUGUGUGGAUACAUACUACCUUGCUGAUGAAGAUUUGAAAGCUAUUCGAUUCCGUAUAACAGACUCAUUCACAUCAUAUCAAGGUCAUCGAGAGAUCAUCAAACAUCUCAGUAUCACCUCGCCAUCCACAUUCAUUCAAUCACCUAUACUUGAUGUUAUGGCAAACAUUGGAUGUAUCGACAUGGUAUUGUUUGUACAUAAUACAUUCAAAGAUGCCAAGGCCUCAAUCAACGCGAUGGACUAUGCCCCGACAUUCGACAUCGUCAAGUUCCUUCAUACUCAUCGUACUGAAGGAUGCUCAGCUAUUGCGAUGGACCAUGCGGCCAAGCAUGGUAGACUUGACAUCUUACAAUAUCUUCAUGAGUAUCGCACUGAAGGAUGUACAGUCAAGGCAAUGAACAGGGCAUCACAAAACAAUCAUUUGGAUGUAGUCAAGUACCUUCAUUACAAUCGAACAGAGGGCUGUGAUAACACGGCUAUGAACAAAGCGGCAAAGAAGGGCAACCUUGAAGUAGUGGACUUUCUACAUACCAAUCGAACUGAAGGAUGUACCAAGCUGGCCCUGCAAUGGGCAGCAUCAAACAAUCAUUUGGAAGUGGUCAAGUACAUUCAUCACAACCUCAGGCAACUUGAUGGUGCUGCUUGGGCAUUGAGGAUGGCCGUGAGCAAGGGGCACUAUGACGUAGUCAAGUUUAUGAUUCAUAAUUGGAGUGAAUCAAUAUCACCGAUAUCAAUGGACGAGAUUGCUGGCAAAGGAUGGUUGGAUCUGAUCAAGUACCUACAUGAGAUCAAGGUCGCAUGCUCGACAAGUGCUAUGGACUUUGCUGCAGCAAAGGGACACCUUGAUGUGGUCCAGUUCCUCCAUCACAAUCGUACAGAAGGCUGCAAGAUGUGGGCCAUCACAGAGGCUGCCAAGGGUGGUCACUUGGAUGUGAUCCAGUUCUUACACAACAACACGACAGCACCGGCACAUUUACGAGCGAUGGACUUUGCCGCGCAACAUGGACACUUGGAGGUAGUCCGCUUCCUACAUGAGAAUAGGACUGAAGGAUGUAGCGAGUUUGCUAUGAACAUGGCGUCACAAGCUGGUCACCUCAACGUCGUCGUCGUCGAGUUCCUCCAUCAUAAUAGAACGGAAGGCUGCUCACCCAAGGCAAUGGACCUGGCCGCAGCAAAUGGACACCUUGCAAUGGUACAAUUCCUUCAUCACAAUCGCACUGAGGGCUGCACCACUGAUGCCAUGGACCUGGCCAGUCAGAAUGGAUACCUCGAGGUAGUCAAGUUCCUUCACCAUCACAGACGUGCGCCAUGCACUUCCAAGGCCAUUGCAUCAGCAACAGCCAAUGGAUACACACAAGUGGUCGAGUACCUCAAGAUCAAGGACACCCUGCCAGUGUUGUCACCGGCCAUGACAGCAGGU